AAAAUAUAUCGCGGUGCAAGUGUAAUGUAUCUUACAUAUGUAGAUAAAGUUUCGACAAAAGACAAUUCGUUCUAAAAAUUAAAAUGGAAGUUUUAAAUCAUGUUGAUGAAAGUGUGGAUGAGAAUACAAUUAGCAAUGACAAUGUCGGCGUAGUUUUAGAAGAAGCAGAAAUAAUAGAUUGUGAUACAGAAAUAGAAACUAUCACAGAAGAAGACAAUAUACAGUAUCAAUUAUGUGAAGUAAAUAGAAAUGAUAAUGCAGUGGCAUAUCGCGUGGUACAAGUCAGUGAUAGUCAUUCAAAUAACUCUGAAUUAUCAAUAGCUGCACCUAUAAAUAAUACUGUUCAAGUUUUGACAUCGCCUAUCAAUGGUCAGUUCUAUGUACUUAGUAAUGGUAAUGAAGUAGUUACCUCAGAAACUACAAGAACAGUUGCACCACGUGUUAAAUUGCAAAUAGACAAUCCACAAAACAUCCUUACUACCAUUAAAAAGAGAGAUGAAAGAAGAAGAGUAACACAUAACGAAGUCGAAAGACGCCGUAGAGAUAAAAUUAAUAAUUGGAUUUCAAAAUUGGGGAAACUUUUACCAGAGUGUGAACAAAGUGCUACAGGAGAUGGCGAUUUAAAAACUAAUUUUGAGUUACAAAGUAAAGGAGGAAUUUUAGCAAGAGCAUGCCAAUACAUUACAGAAUUGCGUGAUGUACAGGAAAAUUUUCAACAAAGUUUAGAUGAAAAUGCUCAAUUGUUAGAAGAAGCUAGAACUUUAAGGCAAGUGGUAAAUCAAUUGAGGAAAGAAAAUUCAGAAUUAAAAGACCAAAUUGCAAAAAGUGCAACAUAUAUACUUGGUACCUAAUUUUUGUGAGUAUAUAAGUCACAUAAAUGAGUAUAAUAAAUAACAAUAGAUAUGGUUUCCUUUUUAUUAAAUAUCUUUUCUUUGAAUUGAUUUUGUUAAAAGUAUAUUACCUUCUUGUAACAAGUACUGGUAAAAAAUAAUGUGUAGGAAAUGCAUAUAACUCAGUAUAAUAAAAUAGUAAUGAUGUAGUAAUUAUAAAAUGUUUAUUUACAUAUAUUUAACUGAGUAUAUAUUUAUAUUUUGAAAACAAUUGUAAACACAUUAUGUAAUUUCAACUGUACAUAUCAUGAACAAUAAUUAUUAUAUAACGUGAACAAUCGAGCAAA